AUGUAUUGUACCAGUACGUCUCCCUUUCCGAUCCUUUUCAAGGAAACAACCGAGCUGAGUUUGUUCCACCACUCUGUUGAUGCUUAUCAGAUCACUGGCCAGCCAGCGGAAGCGGUGGUGGGAAAGGCAACUCCCACGGGUUCACCUGAGGCGUUAGCAACUGCGUUAACUCAUCCGAAAUGUUUAAUCACGGUACGAAUGGCGUGCGCAAAAGCCGUUGGUUGGGUCCAUUUCGAUCCAGGAUUUGAAGCAUGCCACUUUCUUCAUUGGCAGCAACACCAUCGGAGGGCUCACAAAGAAGAACAAGGCCGAGAAAUGGUGUGCUUCAAAACUCUCUUGGCGCUUGCAUCCUUACUGUUGUCUCCAGCUGUGGCAACAGAGCCGGCGACGGAGCCGACGUGUUCCAAUAGCGAACCGACGUGUAAAGCCAAGAUAACUCCUUCUCCCUGCAGUCUUUGGUACGAUGGUCAGUUUGUGUUUUUUGGGGGCGACAAGGCAACCAAAGGAGUUAUUGUAGGAGGGGCAGGAGACGUGGCCAUUCCGUGGAAGAAUCAUGAUCGAUGGGCAUUUACAGCAUGGCACCGAUACAGUGUCUUUUAUGAAGGCAACGAGAAAGACUCUCAUGUCUUUGCACCAGGAUUGACUACGCCAUUGGAAUGCCACGCUCGGUUGGCCAAUUUGAAUGCCACGGAUCCUUCCCUUUACCGACAAUCUGCCACCAUUGGAACGACUGGUGAUGUCAAUUAUGCUACUGAAUCCAGCGAACCUUUGCGAGCCAAUCGGGCACUUGUUCGUGGAGACCCUGUUUACACCAAUUGCCGACAUCCUGAUUUAUCAUCCAAAACAUUCUUGGAAGAAAUCCCUCACUAUGAGCCAGGCUAUUUUCGGCAGAAGUGUACUUGUAUUGAUGUCAUUGAGCCAGCUCCCAGCAACAUUCCAAAUGCUGGAAUGGGCGCCUUUUCCAAGUACAUUGUGCCCAAGGGCCAUCUCGUCACGUUUGCCAGUCUCAUUCACAUGCGCCAGUCAGAGUUACACAACAAAACAUCCGGUGAACAUGAAUUGCUCCUGAACUACGCAUUUGGCCAUCCCCAAACACAACUCUUAUUUCUGCCUUCUGCCAAGGGCGUCAACUACAUCAAUCAUGCCGCGGAAGGACAUGAAGCGAAUGUCAAACUCGCGUGGUCCUUGCCUCAAGGGGAAUCGAUUGACGAGUUUUUCGAUGAAUUGCCAAGCCAUGUCAUGUUUUCGCGAUCAGAGCAACCAGUACAUUAUGUCAAGUAUGAGGCCUUGAGGGACAUUGCUCCCGGUGAAGAGAUUCUACUGGACUAUGGCAAAGAAUGGGAGGAGGCAUGGGCCAAGUAUGUCGAGGGAUGCGGUGGGAAUGAUCGGGUUGCCUCAUGUAAAAGCGAAAAACCAUUUCGACACGUAAUUGGUGUCCCAGAGGGUUUCUUUCCGCAACCGUGGCUCGAUGGGGAAGUCAAAGAAGUGCCUACUAGAAUGACUUGGGAUACGCCGCCACUGGGAGCUGGAGAAGUCAAACAAGUCCAAGUGUUGGAGACUGGGGAGCAGCCAAUGUCCUAUGGGCACCGUGUGGGCUUGCCAAAGGACUUUUCCAAAAAAAUGCUGGAGUAUGCCGAUCGCUCCGGUAUUACAGACAUUAUGCGAAAGUAUAUCACGGAAGGUCAACCCUUGGAACAAAAUGGUCAGGAACGAACUCUGAUCAAUGGUGGGGUUUGGUGGGCCAAGAGGUUUGACUCAGAGUGGCAAUCAAAUAUGCACUACAUCACUCCUGAUGACGAACGGAGCAACAACGACUUCUUGUCGGCUCUUGGGGAAGCUGGGUUUGACCAAGUCCUGGACGGAAUAGGCAAGCACUUUGGCUUGGAUGGAAUCAUUUGCUAUUACGCUUCGUUCAUCGCCGUAUCGCACUGCAGCGGGAGCUACCCACACGUGGAUGCGGAAAACUCAAACGGAAAGGCCUUCAACUUGAUUUUUCCGGUGCUCCAGGCCAACGAGUCCACACCCGAGUUGAUGCUUGGCGAAGAUCAUUUUGGUCCAACAGUAAUCCCUUACCGUUAUGAGCCUGAGGCCGGUAUCCUUCUGGGCGAUGACGGUGUUCAUCAUACUGCGCCAUCGGACUACAGAGGCACAGAUCAGAUGCGUAUGGUUAUCAGCGUCUAUAUGGCCGAUAUCAAUGAAGAUAACCGAUGGCAGGUGUUUUGGGAUGAACACAUGGAUCCCCCCUAUCCUCGUGUCCGAACCAGGAUGCGAUAUCUCAUGCGGAAUGCAGGCAGAGACUGGAAAGCUGGCACAGACAACAAGCUUCCUGUCCGGGAUCAGUCGUUUGCCUAACCAAGGAAGAGGAGUGUGCUGGAGGGAAAAGGAGCACCGUACCGGGCACGAUGAGCAGCUUGUAAGGGAUCUGUCAGCACGAUUGUUUCCUGGCGCCUACUAUCUUUUCCUUUGACGACUAUAUACAAGAUAAGCAUCUAGCGUCGAGAAAUAAACCACUUCUUUUGGCUAUCGGCGA